AUGGCUCUCUUGACGAGCUUUGCCAAGCUCCUCCUCCUCCUCCUCACCCUCCUCUUCUCCAUGCAACCUUCCAAUGCCUUCGACUUCGAGGUCGGCGAUGAGGAGGGUUGGGCCGUCCCUCCUUCCAGAAACACUCAAUUCUACAAUCAUUGGGCCUCCAGGAACAGGUUUCAGGUUGGCGACACCAUCCAUUUCAAGUACAAGAAGGAUUCUGUGAUGGAGGUGAGUGAAGAGGAUUACGAGCACUGCAGGUCGUCGCACCCUCUCUUCUUUUCGAACAAUGGGAAGACGGAGUUCAAGCUUGAAGACUCGGGGACGUUGUACUUCAUCAGUGGGGUGGCGGGUCACUGUGAGAGAGGCCAAAGGAUGAUCAUCAAAGUUCUCAGCCAUUCGCAUUCGGAGGGGCCAAGUGGAUCACCAUCCAGCAGCAACCAGACGGGUAGCUCGACUUCUCCUGAAUCAUCUGACUCAAGUGGUGCACUUCAGGUCACAGCGAGCGUUCUUGAAGUCAUUGUGUUAUUAGUUAGCUUGCUCUUCUUCUAGAUUCAGGUGACAAAUUUCUAGUAGGGUACGGCAGUGUUUCAGGUGUUCUAGUAGUAGUUUAGGGUUAUUGUGUUGGUUAUUCUACUUCUGGUGAUAGCUUCUGGCC